CGAGAAGAUAAGAAUUUUAAAACUUACUAUUUGAUUUUUGAUGACGAUACUAAGGAUGCUUACUUCUGUUUUGAAGGAAAAGUAAAAGAGGGCUGGGAUGUUUUAAGUAAAAAUCCUUCUCCUCUUAAUAUUGAAGUUGAAUACGAGGAAAAUGAACAAAAUGGCAGAAUUUACAAAAGGGCAACUGCUCUUUGA